UGCUUGUUUUCGUGUGACGUCAGCUCCCUGAUAUCCAGGCCGUGUUUUAGCUGGUGCCUCAGCUGCCGGCUCCAGCUUCCCGGGGGAGCCGGGUACCACCCGGGCCUGAAGACAUGAGGAGGCAGGGAUGUGAGAGGAGGGGGACUGGCCGGCCCGCCCGCCCGUGAGCCCCCCUCCUGCCUCCUGCCUCCUGCCUCCUGCCUCCUGCGUGGGAGCCCACCGCCCAUUGUCGGGGUCGAGGGGAGCGGGCAGCGUCGGCGCCGGAGGGCAGGGACAUGCCCGCCCCGCGCCCGCCGCCCCGCGGAGCAUAAAGAAGUCAGCCUGGGAGGCGGGCGACGCAAUCCAUCUACCGCCGUGGAGCCAGAAGAUGGAGGAAGCUGUACCGCGCCAACGGCCAUCUCUUCCAAGCCAAGCGCUUUAACAGGAGAGCGUACUGUGGCCAAUGCAGCGAAAGGAUAUGGGGUCUCGCGAAGCAUGGUUACAAGUGCAUCAACUGCAAACUGCUGGUCCAUAAACGCUGCCACGUCCUCGUCCCGCUGACCUGCAACAGGCAUAUGGAUUCUGUCAUGCCUGCCCAAGAGCCUGCAGUAGAUGACAAGGACGAUGACGUGGACCUGCCUCCUGAGGACACUGAUGGAAUUGCUUAUAUCUCUUCCACCCGGAAACGUGACAGCAUCAAAGAUGAUUCUGAGGACCUCAAGCCGGUCAUCGACGGGAUGGACGGGAUCAAGAUCUCUCAGGGCUUGGGGCUGCAGGACUUCGACCUGAUCCGGGUCAUCGGGCGCGGCAGCUACGCCAAGGUCCUGCUGGUGCGGCUCAAAAAGAACGACCAGGUGUAUGCCAUGAAGGUGGUGAAGAAGGAGCUGGUCCACGACGACGAGGAUAUCGACUGGGUACAGACAGAGAAGCAUGUGUUCGAGCAGGCGUCCAGCAACCCUUUCCUGGUUGGCUUACACUCCUGCUUCCAGACGACUAGUAGGUUGUUCCUGGUCAUAGAAUAUGUCAACGGCGGGGACCUCAUGUUCCACAUGCAGAGGCAGAGGAAGCUUCCAGAAGAGCACGCCAGGUUCUACGCGGCUGAGAUCUGCAUUGCUCUCAACUUCCUGCACGACAGAGGGAUCAUCUACAGGGACCUGAAGCUAGACAACGUCCUCCUGGAUGCCGACGGCCAUAUCAAGCUCACGGACUACGGCAUGUGCAAGGAAGGCCUGGGCCCCGGUGACACAACAAGCACUUUCUGUGGAACCCCAAAUUACAUCGCCCCAGAAAUCCUACGGGGAGAGGAGUACGGGUUCAGUGUGGACUGGUGGGCGCUGGGCGUCCUGAUGUUUGAGAUGAUGGCUGGGCGUUCCCCCUUCGACAUCAUCACCGACAACCCCGACAUGAACACCGAGGACUACCUGUUCCAAGUUAUCCUGGAGAAGCCCAUCCGGAUCCCCCGAUUCCUCUCCGUCAAAGCCUCCCAUGUCUUGAAAGGAUUUUUAAACAAGGAUCCCAAAGAGAGGCUGGGCUGCCGGCCACAGACGGGAUUUUCUGACAUCAAGUCUCACGCCUUCUUCCGCAGCAUAGACUGGGACCUGCUGGAGAAGAAGCAGGCGCUGCCGCCGUUCCAGCCACAGAUCACUGACGACUACGGGCUGGACAACUUCGACACGCAGUUCACCAGCGAGCCCGUGCAGCUGACCCCCGACGACGAGGACGUCAUCAAGAGGAUCGACCAGUCCGAGUUCGAAGGGUUUGAGUACAUCAACCCCUUACUGCUCUCCACCGAGGAGUCCGUGUGAGGCGCCCGCUCCGCCGUGGACACGUCCGACUGACCCCUAACUCUGUCCUUAACCACAGCGCAUGCAUGCCAGCUGGGCGCCGCCGCAGAGAGCGGGCCCG